GUUCCGCUUUGACGAUGUUCCUAAGGCUGCUUGCAGCAUUCUCGACACUACUGCCUCUCGCGCUUGGCGCGUCACGCAUUGAUCGUCAUGCCAUGGUCUCGCGAUAUAACCCAACACGCAACGCAUCAAGCUCGACCACACCCAUGCAGGUCGGCAACGGUCACUUCGCCUUCGGCUCGGAUGUGACCGGGCUCCAAACCUUCCUUCCCUUCGCCAUUAUGUCGGACUGGGCCUGGAAGAAUGACAGUCUUCCGCCCGGCAAGACGUGGGCGGACAUCUACAAUUACCGCGGUGUGGAAUGGGACUUCCACGGCCGACUCGUGCAAUACGAGUUCGACGGCGAGCCCUUGGUCCAACAGUGGCUCAUCUCGAACCCGAACCGGGUGAACUUAGGUCGCGUCGGUUUGCUCUUCCUCGAUGACGACGGGAGGGCCCUGAACGUAACAGAAAGCGAUCUUGAGAACGUCAAACAAGAGCUCGAUCUUUGGACCGGGACCAUGUCAAGCCAGUUCGUCUUCGGCGGCCAACUGGUGGCCGUGACCACCGUCUCUGCGCAGGCCAGCAGCACUGUCGGUAUUAACAUUGAAUCUUCGCCGUUGCAAGCUGGGAAGCUCGGCGUGUACCUAGACUUCCCAUGGAACGACGGCUCAUCCAAAUUCUCGGCCCCAUUCGUCGGCGUCUUCAACAUGACCAGUAACCAUACAACUACGCUUCGGGUGGGUGACAAGCUUCCUAAUGGUGUCCAGGCGCAAAUUAGCCACACGCUCGUAAACUCGACUUUCGUUACCUCUGUUGGCGGUGAUCACUUCACUAUCUCUCGCGAUACUCCCGCCGCGCACCGGUACUCCAUCCAUCCUGCCAAUGCUUCGAACUCCUUUUCCCUAUCUGUAUCCUACUCCCUGCCCAAUGACACAUCGAAGGCAGUUGUCUCGUAUAAGUCUAUAGGUGAAGAGUCGGUCCAGACGUGGGAACAGUUCUGGUCGGAAAGUGGAUUCGUCGACGUCUACACGGGCUCUUCCGACCCUAGGGCAGACGAGUUGCAAAGACGUAUCAUCUUAUCUCGCUACCUCAUGCGAGUCAAUGCAGCUGGCGACGCUUCUCCGCAAGAAUCGGGGCUAGUCAAUGACGGAUGGUAUGGGAAAUUCCACAUGGAGGAGGUCUUCUGGCACCUCGGGCACUGGGCACCGUGGAACAACUGGGAUCUCCUCAACCGGACCUUGGGCAUGUACCAUCGAUUUCUGGAGACGUCCAUUCAGCGGGCUCAGGUGCAGCAGGGCUUCAGCAUGGGCGCGCGGUGGUCGAAAAUGACCGACCCUUCCGGUCGAUCUGCACCCGGCGAGAUCAACGAAUUGCUUAUCUGGCAACAGCCUCACCCGCUCGUGUUCGCCGAGUACGAGUACCGGAUGACCAAGUCCCAGUCGACUCUCGAGAAGUGGCAGAAUGUCAUCAACGAGACUGCGAACUGGAUGACUGCGUUCGCAUGGUUGAACGAGAGCACGGGUCGGUAUGAUCUUGGUCCGCCGAUGUAUGUCGUUGCGGAAGAUACCAGUCCCAACGUGACCCGUAACCCAGCAUUCGAACUUGCAUACUGGAAGUACGGCUUGGGUCUUGCGGAGACGUGGAUGCAGCGACUAGGGUUCGCGGUACCCAGUGCCUGGGAACACGUCAAAGAGAACCUUGCUCCUCUUCCGAUAGAAGACGGGCUUUAUGCCGUAUACGAAGGAAUCGAAUCCAACUUCUGGACAGACCCGACGUACAUCAACGACCACCCCGCCCUUGUCGGUCUGCACGGCUGGCUACCGCCCAUCGAUGGCGUCAACCUUACAAUUGCAAAGCUGACCGCGGAUAAGGUGUACACUACCUGGAACAUCAGCAACUGCUGGGGAUGGGACUUUCCUAUGCUCGCCAUGUCGGCCGCACGCAACGGGGAGACAGAGCAAGCGAUGGAAUGGCUGCUUCAUCCGCUGUAUCAGUUUGAUGAUGUCGGCAUGCCCGUCGGCGGUGUGCGAGUGACUACGCCAUACUUCCCUAGCUCUGGUAGUUUGCUGUACGCUAUAGCGAUGAUGGCUGAAGGGUGGGAUGGCAGCACGGCACAGGCACCUGGUUUCCCUAAAACAGGGUGGAAUGUAAGAGCGGAGGGGAUAAGCAAGACGUUGUGACAUAGAAGCAGUUAACAUGCCUUAUGGAGUGUAUGAGUACAAGACGGCGACGGGGGCAGCGCCACAGGCUCUCUUGGGCCGUGCGCGCUACGCUCCUGCCACAAUAUGCUUGUCCGAACAGUC